AAGGACAAUGUGUUCAUGGACAAUGAAACCUUUACUAUUUGUUAUUCAUAUUGUGUAUAACGCAUGCAUACCCAAGAAUGUAGCUUUAUGUACCCAGUUGUGGGUGAAUGUUACAUCUGAAAGGUAAAAUUCUUAGUUAGUUGUCGUGGCCUACUUCAUUCAGGAGUUUCAGGAGAUUCAGGAGUAGGCCAAGUGGGAGAUGAAGAACCUUCCAGCAGGUAAAACUAUUCGUCUAUUUAUUGUUGUAUGUGAGAGAUAUGAUGUUUAAGAUAACCUCCAGUCUGUGUGUUUGGAGCAUGCACUGUUCUAAUGAAAGGUCAGCUGGUUUCAAAGAAUCAGAUCAUCAGAACCCGUACGACUGUCCGGACAACCAGAACAAGUACGGCGGGAACAACUCGAGUGUCUUUAUGAAGAUGAAGAUUUAUUCACACACACAGUUCGUACAAGUUCUGAUGAUUAGUAGUUAGACAGAGACACAUAAUGAAGGUUAACAGAAAUAAAAGAGCUUUGAUAGCAAAGCUAUGACGACAAACUGCACUUUGAUGACAAACUGCGCUUUGGUGACAAACAGUGCUUUGGUUAGAACAGCGCAUGUUCCAAACACACACAGACUGGUGACAGUUUUGCCUGCUGGAAAGUUCUACAUUGUCUUCCAGGAGAGUGGCGUAUUUUUGCUGCAAACGUUCCCGUCAUACGCAGUAGUAAUCUGCCGUCAAAUCGGCGCAAAAUUGAGUUGAUGGUUGUGAGUGCCAAUUAACCUCCCCCGCUUUCUUCCCAAUUCCCCCUGGCUGGAUUUAUCUUAGAUAUCUUAUAACUGUAAUUGUUGACUACAACUCGCUGAAAUGGAGAAAUUUGUUCUCUUUAGAGGAAGGAAGACAGUCAUUCUUAAAAUAGAUGACAUGUGCAUCGACAGAAUUGCCCGGAUUUUCCAGGUCACCACAGCUAGCCUGUACAUCACUGAUGCUUGCAAUGUUGCCAUCCUUCCCACUGAUGGUGGCUGUUUCAGCUCCCUGGACCUCUCUGACUGUGCUCAUUAUGAGGUUCAUGGGGAAGAAGCUCUGUCACGCCAGUCUGCUUUUCGUCAUAGUCUGCCACCGUCGACUGCAAACACGGCUCAGCUGACGAGAGCGCUGAGCGCGCCCAGCUCGUUUCAAAGGUCAAUCCACGUGUCAGACAUAAUGGAUGGAAACCUUGUAUCCAUAAGGGUAGUUGUGGUGAGAUUUGUGGACGCAGAGGCAACUGUAUCAGUUAUUGUUGAGAAAGUGAAGAUGGCCAUGGGAGACAGUGAAGACUACAUUCUCACAGACACACUUGGUAAUGAGAUAGUCGAGUCUGAUGGAACAACUGGAGUUUUUUACUGGAAGCAGAAUGCCAGAAGAAUCCGAGCCAUUGAACGUUCUGCCUUCAGGCAAUGGCGUCGGAGAGGAUCCAGAAGCAGAAAUGAGCAAUCUGAAGUCCUCUCACUGAGAGACAUGGUGGAGGAGCUGCUGGAUGCAUCGCAUGGCCUGGAUGAAGUCACUCGGAAGAUAACCGACUUCGUGGCUGCCAGCCGUGACGUGGUGUUACAAAACACAGAGAUCAAACAGGCUUUCACCUGUUUGAUCUGCAGAGACACAAUGACUGAGCCGAUGUUUUCCUCCUGUUGCCGGAGCUUGGUGGGAUGCAGGAUGUGUGUCAAGGAGUGGGGGUACACCUCUAAACUGUGCUGCAAGUGCAGGGACGAAAAGCCUGUCUACACAGAGGUGGCUGGACUGUCUGCAGCACUGGCAUGUCUGAAGUCCCGCCCCUAAAACUACGUUCACAUGUCCUGUCAGUGAAAAUGUUAUGUGUUCUUGUUCAACUAUAGAAAUAAAUGCUAAACUGUCAAAUGUA